GUUACUGAGCGCUCGGGGCCUUUUCAAAUCGGGAUCCGUUACCGCUUCCCCGGCAGCCGCCAUUGUCGCGCUCGGAGCCCCUCAGCUCAGGCGGCCGAGGCGGAGGCAGCGGCGGCGGGAUGGCGGACGCCAACAAGGCCGAGGUGCCCGGGGCCACUGGUGGCGACAGCCCGCACCUGCAGCCCGCGGAGCCGCCGGGCGAGCAGCGGCGAGAGCCGCACCCCCCGGAGGCGGAGAAGCAGCAGCCGCAGCACAGCAGCAGCUCCAAUGGCGUUAAAAUGGAGAAUGAUGAGUCAGCGAAAGAAGAGAAAUCUGACUUAAAGGAAAAAUCUACAGGAAGUAAGAAGGCCAAUAGAUUUCAUCCGUAUUCAAAAGACAAGAAUUCGAGCACUGGAGAAAAGAAGGGUCCAAAUCGUAACAGAGUUUUCAUUAGCAACAUCCCAUAUGACAUGAAAUGGCAAGCUAUUAAAGAUCUAAUGAGAGAGAAAGUUGGUGAGGUUACAUACGUGGAGCUCUUUAAGGAUGCGGAAGGAAAAUCAAGGGGUUGUGGUGUGGUUGAAUUCAAAGAUGAAGAAUUUGUAAAGAAAGCCCUAGAAACUAUGAACAAAUAUGAUCUUAGUGGAAGACCCCUAAAUAUUAAAGAGGAUCCUGAUGGAGAAAAUGCUCGUAGGGCAUUGCAGCGAACAGGAGGAUCAUUUCCAGGAGGACAUGUCCCUGAUAUGGGAUCAGGGUUGAUGAAUUUACCACCUUCCAUUCUCAAUAAUCCAAACAUUCCUCCUGAAGUCAUCAGUAAUUUGCAGGCCGGUAGACUUGGUUCCACAAUUUUUGUUGCCAAUCUUGACUUCAAAGUUGGUUGGAAGAAGCUAAAGGAAGUGUUCAGCAUAGCUGGAACUGUGAAGCGGGCAGAUAUUAAAGAAGACAAAGACGGCAAGAGCAGAGGAAUGGGCACUGUCACUUUUGAGCAAGCAAUUGAAGCAGUUCAAGCAAUUUCUAUGUUCAAUGGGCAGUUUUUAUUUGAUAGACCUAUGCAUGUGAAAAUGGAUGACAAGUCUGUUCCUCAUGAAGAGUACCGUUCACAUGAUAGUAAAACACCACAAUUACCACGUGGUCUUGGAGGCAUUGGGAUGGGACUUGGUCCGGGUGGACAGCCUAUUAGUGCCAGCCAGUUGAACAUAGGUGGAGUAAUGGGAAAUUUAGGUCCAGGUGGUAUGGGAAUGGAUGGUCCAGGUUUUGGAGGAAUGAAUAGAAUUGGAGGAGGAAUAGGGUUUGGUGGUCUGGAAGCAAUGAAUAGCAUGGGAGGAUUUGGAGGAGUUGGCCGAAUGGGAGAGUUGUACCGUGGUGCCAUGACUAGUAGCAUGGAGCGAGAUUUUGGACGUGGUGAUAUUGGAAUAAAUCGAGGCUUUGGAGAUUCCUUUGGUAGACUUGGCAGUGCAAUGAUUGGAGGGUUUGCAGGAAGAAUAGGAGCUUCUAACAUGGGUCCAGUAGGAUCUGGAAUAAGUGGUGGAAUGGGUGGCAUGAACAGUGUGACUGGAGGAAUGGGGAUGGGACUGGACCGGAUGAGUUCCAGCUUUGAUAGAAUGGGACCAGGUAUAGGAGCUAUACUGGAAAGGAGCAUCGAUAUGGAUCGAGGAUUUUUAUCGGGUCCAAUGGGAAGCGGAAUGAGAGAGAGAAUAGGCUCCAAAGGCAACCAGAUAUUUGUCAGAAAUCUACCUUUUGACUUGACUUGGCAGAAACUAAAAGAGAAAUUCAGUCAGUGUGGUCAUGUAAUGUUUGCAGAAAUAAAAAUGGAGAAUGGAAAGUCAAAAGGCUGUGGAACAGUCAGAUUUGACUCCCCAGAAUCAGCUGAAAAAGCCUGCAGAAUAAUGAAUGGCAUAAAAAUCAGUGGCAGAGAAAUUGAUGUCCGCUUGGAUCGUAAUGCAUAAUUUCAAGCCAUGGUUGGAACAUUCCUACAUCUGUUUUGCUGAAUCUCCUAGUAAAAGUCAUUUUUUUUUAAAGUAAUAUUGUAUGCUUACAAAAGCUGUAAAAAUGAACUUUUAAAACUCCCACCAGCUUUUAACAGUAUAAUGUUAAAAAUAUACUGUAAUUUUUGUUAAUCUCAAGUUUGGGUUUUUAAAGACAGCAAGUCUGGUCAUUCAGUUUAAAUGAAUGGUUAUACUGUUUUUAAUGAAAUAAGCCAUUUUCUUGUUGUUUUCAGUACUACAUAGUUGGAUUUGUUUGUUCUAGUUUCUCCAGUUUUUGUCAACUUAUUGUAUGGUAAAACAGAUUUUCUGCCCCCCAAAACUUCUGUUUUAUAAUAUGUAAUUCUUCAUGAAAAGAAAGGGCUCAGAAAAAUUAGGAUAUGAUUUUGCUUGGUUUUAAAUUACUGUAAGUUUUAGAUUCUAAGGUUCAGGAUUUUAAAAAUUUGAUUUAAAUGAAGAAAUUGAUUUUUCUCUCUGCCCCUCCCUGCCAUUCAUAUUUUCUGCAUAACACUGUUAAUAAUAUCAACCUCCACAGCCCCUUAUUUUAUUAUUUCCAAUAAUUCCAAGUUCAUAUAGAACUGAUAAUGUAGCAAGCCCCAAGUAUGAUAAUAGGCAGACUAUUCCCAACUUUCUGUCUAGUUUCCAGCCAUUGAAGUGAACUGCUAAAAAAAGAAAAAUAAUUGAAACGUUGAGAGAGAUGGUUGUGUAAGUUAGUCCUCUGCUGUUUACUUCUAUAGGAGCUGAUCCAUUUAUAAAUGCAGUUUUAAUAAACCAUGGAAUACCAAGGCACAACAUAUCAAACACAUUGGAUCCCACGAUGUUAGACAUAGCCAUAUCUCCUUUCCCUACAAAAGAAAAGCAUAUUGUUAAAAUGUGCUUACCAAUACUGUAUUUUAUUAAUCUUCAUAAGAAAAGAAACACUGGAUACUUUUUUGUUGUUGAUUCAUUUUGGAAAAUUGUUAGAGCAAAAGUCUUACUGAAUUUGUAUUUUUAAAUUUUUCUUGGGUUAGUAUUUAAAGUCUUAACAUUUAUUUAAUUAUAUUUAUUAAACCAUUUUUCAAUAAGGUAUCUAGCUUACUUGUUGCUUUUCAUUGUAAUUUAACAUGGUCAAUUACUAUUUAAUGCACAUUUCAAAUGAAUAUUAUUUGGGGGAUUAGAUUGUGUGAAAUUAACCUGCUAUUAAAUAGUAAACUCUUCCUCUUGAGUCACUUUUUUUUUUCCCCUUCAAAGUAUGUUACUGAGGAAGUAAACUUUUUUUUUUUUUUUUGAGACUGAGUCUUGCUCUGUUGCCCAGGCUGGAGUGCCGUGGCGCGAUCUUGGCUCACUGCAACCUCCGCCUCCUGGAUUCAAACAAUUCUCCUGCCUCAGCCUCCUGAGUAGCUGGGAUUACAGGCACAUGCCACCAUGCCGGGCUAAUUUUUCAAUUUUUAAUAGAGAUGGGGUUUCACCAUGUUGGUCAGGCUGGUCUCAAACUCCUGACCUUGUGAUCCACCCGCCUCGGCCUCCCAAAGUGUUGGGAUUACAGGCGUGAGCCACCACACCCGGCCGGAAGUAAACAUUUUUAAAGCUACUUUUACUCAUUCUAGCUAUGUAGAAUGACCAUUGCAGCUUGAGGGACUUAGUUCUUACCUUUUCUUGCGACCAACACGCUUGUAAUUGUGUCUGGUAUGCUUGUUCCUGCUGCUAAUAAAGUAAGGCCCAUUACUGUAUCUGGAAUUUCUAGUGUUUCCCCUGUAAUAAACAGAUACUUCAGGUUACAAAUCUCAAAGAGUCACUAACCAUCUUUUGCAGUUAUUUGGGGUAUUUCCUUCCUGAACAAAAAUAAAAUAGGCAGAUUUAGAAUUCAGAGCCAAUAUGUGCUUGCUUAGUUUUUUAGCUAGCAACAUAUUUGAAUCAGGCUGGUAAUUUGGGUAACCCAGGUAGCACAGAUUUUUAAUGACAUAUCUAAAGAUGUGUGUAACAGCCAAAAUUCUGCCAGUGAGAAAUUUUCCUCUUUGAUAUUCUUACGGAAGAUGUUUAUGUCCACCAUUAUCUCAUCAGGGCUGUGCUGAAUAUUUGCUAAUGAGAGUGAUCAUUCCUGUUUUUCUUUCUUAAAAAUUUUUAUUAAAUUAGAGUUAAGCAAAUUAAUUAUAGCUAUCUUUAAGCUAUAAAUGUGUUAACAUGUAUAUAUCAUUUAUUACAUUCUACUUUAGUGAUAUACCUUAAUUUAGUGGGCUUUGGCAGGGUGGGGAGGGGGAACAUUCAUUAAUCUCUCAGGAAAACAAAACCUGUUUGUUUUCUACUUGAGUCUAACAUAUGGUCCCAAUUUAUUAAUACUUCUGUUAAAUUUGAUGUCAGGUCAACAUUGAUCAGAAAUGUAUUUAUUCUCAGAAACAGAACCAGAGAGAAGUUAAAAAAAGUUAAAACGUAUGUAACUGUUCUUUUAAUGUUGUAAUUGAAAACUUGGUUUAGCAUCUUUUUUUCUUUUUCUUAAAAUGCCAAUUAAAAUAAUUAGAAAGUAGCUUAUUUAUUGCAUGCUUACAUAUUGAUACUGGAAUUGGAAUUGGUUAAUUUCUAUUACUGGCUUUGCUAGAAUUCAUACGUGCAUAAAUAACACUAAUAUUUAUAAUCUUGGGGGGCUGUUCUGUGAUCUAUUACAUGAUUUUUGCUCUCUUUUUAUUUUCCUAAUAUCAAGUGUGUUCUGGCUGAGUGAAUUUGGAUAGAUAUAAUAUGCAAGCUAAUUGGACUUUUUCAUUUUUCUCAUUAAAAAAGGAAGAAAUAAUCUGCUUUUUGCUGGCAUACUAUUCUAACACUUACACUAAUUUGGGAAAAGUCAAGGGUCAACAAAUUUUUGUGUCUGUGAGGGGCCAGAUAUUAAUUAUUUAGGCUUUGCAGGCUGUAUGAUUUCUGUUGCAGUUACUCAGCUUUGCAAAUGUAGUGUGAAAGCAAUCAUAGAUAAUAUGUAAAACCUUACUAAUAAAAACAAGCUGGGUUAUUUUGGCACACAGGCAGUAGUUUGUUCACCUCUACUAUAAGUUAAUUUGGGUUAACCUUUGUAGGAGAAAUUACAGAUUAUUUUUGUCUUUGUUUAUAGUUUUUUUGUUUAGAGACUAUAGUGGAUUAUGGCCAAGCAGCAGUAGUUAGUUAAGUCUUAAUCAUGAAGGUGGUAGAAACCUAGAAUAAAACUUUUAUACCCUUUUCACUCAUUUCAUAGUAUGUUUGUAGUGCCAUGUUGAAAAGUCAAAUAAAAUAUAAUCUGGUUAAGCAGUGAGCACCCAUUGUUUUCCCAAAAAUAGAGCUCCUUGCUUUUUUUUUUUUUUUUUUUUUUCCAUUAUGGAAUGGAAUUCAAUAUAAAGAGUAUUGUGGAUCCCAUGGAAUAUGAUUAAAUUAUUAGCAUAAUAAAAAGACAUCCUAUGAAUUUGAUUUCAUUUAUAAGAUCUCUUGAAUUGUACCCUAGGCUGAAUAACAGUGGAAAAUACAGUUUAUAUAUAAUAUGCAACUCACAAACCCAAAUGAUCUUGUUAUAGUAAUACUUAAUCAUUUUGUAAAUGGUACUAAUCUUCAGUCUUGCUGAAAAGAAAUUUGCUGUGUAGCUAGACUACUUUGAGUGAACAUAUGCAAUUCGUUCAUAUAUGAAAAUUUUCAAGUUGUGCUAUUGUACUUAAAAUACAUACCAGUUAUUGUGACCAUCCAAACCAGGAUAUAUGUAAAUGCAGAUAUCCAUAUUGCAGACAUGGAAAAGGUUAUUACAAAGUAGUUUUUCCAAAACUUUGUUCUACAAUCUGGUGUGGUUAGAAAAAGUAAUGUAAUAAUAGGAAGGGAUAAUACCCAAAAAAUUCUCUUUAAGUCUGCUUCAGGCAUGUUGAAAACACUUGGUGGAUCUGUUGUGGAAAAAUUAAACACUUUUGAGUUUUCUCAAAUGGCUAAUUAAGUUAUGCCUAUUUAGAAAGCUAUAUUGAAAUAAAUUAGCUGUAUCAGUUUUUAAAAGGCUGUUUAAAACAUUUGAGUACCUCAUUACUGAUAUUGCUGGUGAAAGAAACUAAUUGAAACUUGAGGACAGACAAUGUAAGAUGUGAUACUCAGCACUUCUUUAUUUGGGGCCUUAAAGCUAUCAAAAUGUCUCGGACCAUUCGCUAAAUAUAUUAUAGAUAGUGUUCAUGAAGUGUCAGUUGGACAUCUCAUGUGGAUUGUCUUCAGUAACUUUUUGUUUAAGGGAUUAACCUGGCUUCUAACUUGGCUACUCCAGUUGUCUCCACUUCACAAUAUUGAUGAUGCCUCUGCCUGCUCUAUGUACCAGAUAAUGUAUACUUAGAGAAUAUAAAAUAAUGAUAGCAUAAUUUUUUUUAUUAAGUUGCAUAUCCUAAUUCUUAUUGGAAGUUUUUUUUUUUUUUGCCCUAUUUCAUUACUAUGUUAUUUAUUAAAUUCAGACUUUACCACAGUUCAUAGAAAGAACCUUAAAAUAGGAGGUAGUAUAUCAUCUAAAAUAUAAUUUAUGAAAACUGAGUAUAUUACUUUAUUCAAUUUAAUUUAGUAGAAGGAUAAUGAUAAUAUAUUGGAUAAAAAUUAGAAUUUACUUUAAAAUUGUUCAAAAUUUGUAUGGCAUUUACAAAAUAAUGUAAUAAAUGGAUCAAAUUAUGUCAAAACUAAUGCUAGUACAACAACUCAUAAAAAGUUGGUCAAGUUUCAACCAAUGUGCCAUUAAGUAAUAUUGGAUAUAAUUUCAACAUAAUCAAAGAAUUUGGAUUGGUUUUUUUGCGUUUCUUAUUGUAAGCUUAACUUAGAGAUGUGUACCUCUUACACCUGAAAGAGGAGAAGCUAAAAUUUUUGUAAAAAGGGGGAAAAGUCAUGUUCUAAAAGUUUAAGUAGUACAUUAGAAUAAGUACCCUCCUAAAGGCUUAAUUAAAAUUAGAAUCUGUUUUGGACAACCACUUUAUAAAAAGGUAACCCAUGAGCUUAUAAUUCUGACCAUAGCUGAAUUUGACUUCCUACUGAACAUAGUUACCUAAAUGUUUUGCUACUGCUUUAAACAGUGGCAAACCUCAACUGCUUCUCUUCUUUCUUCCAAACCAGCCCCUGUUCCUGAGUUCCCAGUUUUAAUAUGUGGUGUUCCCAUGUUCUCAGUCAAGAUUAAAACAUAGGAGUUGUCUUUGUUCCUUUUUCUGGCCCCAUAUAGUCUUGGUGAUGCUUCCUUCAUGUAGUCUCACAUCUGUUCUCAUUUAUUCCCACCACUUUCACUUGGUCUAGGCACCUAGUAAACACAUCAGCUGCUGUAACAGCCUCUUACAGACCUCCUUGUCUCUUACUUCAUAUUUUAGUUUGGUAAACAUCGCUUAGGGUAACAUUACUAAGAUAACAGUUCUAACAAUUUCUCUCCUCAGAAACCUUCCAAGAUUCUUAGAAUAGCAUUUAAGAUUCUUCUUAUCCUAUUCCUUUCUACCUUUCCUCUUCUUCCUUACUAUGCAUAUACUGUGCUCUAUGUGUUUUAUCUCUGCAUCAUUUAUGAAAUAAAGACCUCAGUAGCUGUUACUUACUGGUCAUAACAUCAUGUCAUAGUUAAAAUCUUUCCUGUCAAGCAAGGCCCAAUUUAAAUGCUCCCUUCUCUGUGAAAAUCUCCUAUCUAUCCUCACCACAUUUUGACACUGUCCCAUUUGUGAACCACAGUCACACUUCAUUUCUUUCUCUUUUUAUGGUACUUACUUAACGUUUAUAUUUUAGCUAUUUUGUAUUUCCUAUGAUACUGGAAAUUCCUUAAAAGUAGGGAGUUAGUCUUUAUCAUUUCUGAGUCUUCACAGUCUUUUUUGCAUAAAAAGCACACCAUACUUGCUGAAUUGAAAUGAAAUUUUAAAGUUUUUCUUUUGUGAAUAGACUUAAUAAUGGGCAAGAUUUAGUGAUUACCUUCAGAAACCUGACUAAGACCAUGUAAACUUAUAGAGAGCUGAGAGUAGCCAGAAUCUUCAUAAAAUAUUCCACUAUCAGUUCUUGAUUGCCGACGAAUGAAUGGUUGACCUUCAUCUUCCCAUCCCAUUAGUAGCUGUUGUUCACUUCUUUCCAUAGCUUUGGCAAGACAGGUGCAGCAAGGACUGCAUUUCUUUAUAAUAUAUUGGUUAAUUUUAAUGUCAAAACACAGCACCAAAACAUAUAAUCCAUAUAUCAAAAGCAGUAAAGUUCCUUCAUACCUAUAAAUUAAGAGAAAUUUGUGUUUUUAAAUUAAAAGUGAAAGUCAUUUUAGAGUUGAUAGCUUUUGGGCAGUAUUGAUUGAAUGAUUUUCUAACAAAAGUAGCCAUAGAACAAUCAAACAUUUCUAGAUAUUUUUUGUUUUGUAGAUUUUUCCAAACUUGGUUACAGCAUUAUUAUAAGUUUAUUGACAAAAGUCGGACACUUCUAUGGUUUUUUUUUUUUUUUAAAAAAAAAAGAUCAACAAACUCAUUUUUACUUGUGGAUUCCUUCCAAAUGGUAGGUAUAAAAAUGCAAUGAAAAUGAUAAUUGGAGAUUUUCAAAAUAAAUGUAUAGUGGUGAACAUUUUCUACCUCAGCUCAUUGGCAUAAUACAUUCCCCAAAAUACAUAAUAAUUAUAAAAUAAUAUAGUAACUGUUAAGUUAUUUCAACUGUUCAAGUUUUCUAAUAUAGGAACUUUGUGUAAAAUAUUAUUCAGAAUAUGGGAGGCUUUGGCUGGGAUUUUUCAGUUUGUCAUCAUUUUUAAUGAUUUGAAUGUAGCUGAAUUUGGCUUAUAGUCACAAGAAAACAAGAUGUUCUAAAAUAUAAAAUUAUACCCUGGGAACCAAGAACUGUUUCCCUGUACUCUGGCAGUUAGCUAAUGCCAUCACAUUUGAACCUUGAAUUUACCUUUUAUAGCCAGUGAAUCUCUGUCUGCUACAUCUUCUGAUUUCUCUAAUUGAGGAAGCAUUAUCUUGGAUACUUUCACAGCCACUGUCCCUUACAGACAACUGCUGAAUUCUAGAAGGAUUUCUACUCUACCAACACAGUGUCUUAGGGAGACAGACUAGAAGACAGGAUGAUUAGUUUAGAAAUUAUGCUUCUGGCUAGGUUUGAAGUUUCUUGAUAGCAGAUAUUAUGCUGUACUGCAAAGUUGUGGUUCUCCAGAUGGACACUAUUACAUUUUUUUUUGCGUAUUUUUCUGGUGUCCUCUGGAAGUUAUGCAAUGUGUAACCUGUGUAGCUGUGUUUUGCAUUUCAUUAUCCCUUAUAUCUAGCAUAGUGAUAAGAACCUAGUGGGUGCCUGCUACUUACUAGUUGAAAAAGUUUGUCUCUGUCCACUCAGUCACCACAUUUUUCAUUUUCUUGGACCAGCUAGGCAGAGAUUACAGGGAAAGCAAACAGUUUUUAAUAUUAAAAGCUAAGCAUUGUUGGUUCUUAGAGGAAGGCUAUAGUUUCUCUGAGCAUCAGAAGUUUGGAGGAAUUUAAAAAGACUUCUUUUACUUCCUCUACCAUCCUUCUCCAGUCUUUUGUGACCAUGAUCACUUCUAACCAAGGCAAGGUGAGCGGUAACCCAGCAGAAGAAAAAGUCAACUGUUGUGGCUUUAAUAGACAACAGAAGUUGGGAAACUUACUGAAUAGGCAGCCAGUGGGGAGAAGGAAAAGUGGUGGUCUCCAGUGACUAGUGAGAGAAAAAAGGAGACUGUGAAGUGACUAAAAAGAAAUUGCAAACUAGUGAGAAGAAUACAAUCAGCAAUUGUGAUAAGGUUAACUCAGAGACCUGUUGGAAUAUGGUAUAGAAGUGGCAGAUUAUAUGAAAUAAUAUUUCUGAAAAAAAUAUUACUGAACCAUCAGAAAUUCAUAAAAUCUCUAAUUUUUACAUAAGAAUUAUUUUCAAGCUUACCAGUAAACUUGGUUGUCAUAUAUUAUACCAAGAACCGCUGCUACACUAAUUGCGUACGCUGCACAGUCUCUGAAUAGGGGCCAACAUGAUAGUGUUGAAACCUGUAAUAUGAUGUUAUUUCCAUUACAUUGUAACUUCAAGUACAAUCCUUAGUGUAAUACUAAAAUUGUUUAUAUAUUUGUAGUUAAAUAUUGUUAUCUUUUGCAUAUUGCUUAGAGAAAAAAAUGUAAAAUUGUGUUCUAACACAUGAACUUUCAUAAAUCUGACCAAGAGCUAUUUGUGGAUUAACAUUAAAUUGAAUACAUGCUGUUUUUCUACUGAUUAAUAAAUUUGAUUGCACAUAU